UCAUUAUUUUCCAACAUGGUGUAGUCGCUCAUCGCUCAGUCAUUCAUUCUCUCAUCGGUGAUCAUUUCUUCCUUCCGUCCUUCUUCUCCAAAUGGCGGAUAAUGAUUAUACGCUGAAUGAGUAUCUAACGGCUGCAGUUGAUGCUGCUAAGAAAGCUGGAGAGGUUAUUCGGAAAGGAUUUUAUCAGACUAAGCAUGUGGAGCAUAAAGGAUCGGUAGAUUUGGUCACAGAAACCGACAAAGCUUGUGAAGAUCUCAUAUUUAAUCAUCUUAAGCAGCAUUUUCCCAACCAUAAGUUCAUUGGUGAAGAAACCACUGCUGCCAAUGGUGUAACUCAACUGACGGACGAACCGACUUGGAUAGUUGAUCCUCUUGAUGGAACAACCAACUUUGUGCACGCGUUUCCCUUUGUCUGUGUUUCUAUUGGUCUUACCAUUGGAAAGGUCCCUGCAGUUGGGGUUGUUUACAAUCCAAUCAUGAAUGAGCUUUUCACUGCAAUUGAUGGAAAAGGUGCUUUUCUUAACGGAAAUCCAAUCAAAGUAUCUUGUCAGUCUGAAUUGAUCACAUGCCUCCUUACCACGGAGGCUGGAACCAAGCGUGAUAAAGCCACUGUGGAUGCCACUACAAAUAGAUUGAAUAGCCUACUUUACAAGGUAAGAUCACUCAGGAUGGGUGGCUCGUGUGCAUUGGGUCUUUGUGGUGUUGCAUGUGGAAGGAUUGAUCUAUUUUAUGAGCUUGGAUUUGGAGGUCCUUGGGAUGUAGCAGCAGGGGUUGUAAUUGUUAGAGAAGCUGGUGGAGUCAUCUUUGAUCCAUCUGGUAAUGAUUUUGACAUUACUGCUCAGCGCAUUGCAGCUUCAAACAGACUGGUGAAAGAUGCAUUUGUUGAGGCAUUACAACAGUCGGCUUAAACGACCAUCUCAUGGGCCUCAAGAGCUUGACUUUUGCAGUUAGGUUCUCUUGUUUCUUCUUUACCAGAUUAAACUGAGAUUUUGCUGACUCCCAACAUACGUUUUAUUUAGAGUUAUAUGCAUUAUAAAUGUCAUAUAUAUUUC